UAGUUGGCAACACGAAAGGUGUGAUUUAUUGGAAUCGAAGUCGAGUCGGGUUUCAUUAUCAGAUCAGCAAUAUGUCGGAGCUAAAGGUGAACCGGUCCAAUUCGGAGGAGCAACUGGUCCAGGUGGUGGCCGAUCUCCUUAAGCGCUGCUCCCAGGAGGCGUUGGCCAGGCAGGAUAAGUUCAGCGUGGGUCUCUCGGGUGGCUCCCUCAUCCAGCUGCUGACAAAAGCCCUGAAGUCGGGAGCUUUGAAAACCGACAAGUGGCUGUUCUUCUUCUGCGACGAGCGAUAUGUGCCCCUGAACGACAGCGACUCCACCUACGGAGCCUACAGGGCCGAGUGGCAGACCCUUUUGCCGAGCAUCCGGGACUCGCAGUUCGUCCGGGCCGACACCACCAAGCCGCUGGACGAAUGCGCCGCGGACUACGAGUCGAAGGUCAAGAGCCAGGUGGAUCGCUUCGAUCUCCUGCUGCUGGGCAUGGGACCCGACGGACACACCUGCUCCCUCUUCCCCGAGCAGCCGGCCACGCUGCAGGAAUCCCAGCGCCUGGUCAUCCCCAUCCGGAACUCACCCAAGCCGCCGCCCGAGCGGAUCACCUUCACCCUGCCGCUGAUCAAUAACGCCCGGGACGUAGCCUUCGUGGUCACCGGUGCCGGAAAAGCCAGUGUCGUCAAGAGUGUUUUUGUCGAUCUGGACAAGAAGUUUCCCGCUGCCUGGGUGAAUCCGACACAAGGACAGUUGACGCUUAUUGUGGACGCGGGAGCUGGCAAGGAAAUUUGAGCCUUAUAAUGACAUUUCUACUUAGAUUAUUAACGAAUCUUGUAAAUAAUAAUAUUUUUUAUACAACUUU